AUGUUGUUGACAUCGCUGGUGAUCAUUUCUACUCUCAUUACUAUCUUGUUACUGAUUUUACCUUCCCAGCGCAAUCCAAAUGAUCAACGAUGCACCGUCCAAGUCGUUGUCCUCGGUGACCUGGGUCGAAGCCCACGCAUGCAGUAUCAUGCCUUGAGUAUUGCCAAUCAUGGUGGUCUCGUCCAGCUUAUUGGUUAUCGGGAAACCGAUCCUCUGCCGGAGCUGGUAACGCACUCAAAUGUCACUAUCAUACCGCUUCGUCCGGCUCCUCGGCCACUUCAAACGAGUAACAGACUGUUGUUCCUCCUGUUUGGCCCGUUGAAGGCUCUUCUGCAGACGUGGACUUUGUGGCGCACCUUGAGCUACUCAGCGAAACCCUCGAAAUGGAUGCUUGUCCAAAAUCCACCUUCGAUUCCCACCCUGUUAGUUGCCUCGAUUGUGUGUUUCGUCCGAGCUACCAGGCUAGUGAUCGACUGGCAUAAUUUUGGCUAUUCCAUCCUCGCACUGAAAUUGGGUGACGAUCAUCCGAUGGUGACCAUGUCAAAGCUGUACGAGACGACGUUGGCAAAGACCGCAAAUGCCAACUUCACCGUCACACAUGCCAUGGCCAGAAUUGUGAGAUCUGAGUUCGUGACUGAUGCCUCCGUCUUGACGUUACCUGACCGUCCCGCAAACUUGUACCAUCCCUUGACAGAAUCGGAACGCUUUGCUUUCUUACGGAGAUACUCGCCUUUGGCAGGCCACUUCAAAGCUCUAGUGGACGGAAAGACCAGAUUGAUCGUGUCAUCGACGUCUUGGACUGCUGAUGAGGAUUUUGGGCUCUUUUUGGACGCUCUCUGCAGUUACUCCGCCAGUGCCACUUCUUCUCACCCUCAGCUUCCCGAGCUCGCCGUGGUCAUCACCGGUCAGGGUCCGCUAAAACAACAAUACCUCGGCAAGAUCCGGGAUCUGCGUCGUGGUGAUGCUCUCGAAAUGGUGGACAUUCAUACCGACUGGCUCAGCUUCGAGGACUACGCUCUCCUCUUAGGAUCCGCGGAUCUCGGAGUGUCCCUGCACACCAGCAGUAGCGGUGUUGACCUGCCCAUGAAAGUGGUCGAUAUGUUUGGUGCGGCACUUCCAGUGGUGGGCUGGAGCAAGUUUGCCGCCUGGUCUGAGCUGGUAACUGAACAUGUCAAUGGACGAGGUUUCAGCAGCGCAGAAGGCAUGGCUGAUAUUCUCCGCGAGCUUUUCGACCCACAGUCACAACAGCUGGCAACUUUGAAAGAAGGUGCAAGAAUUGAAAGUCAACGUCGGUGGAACACUGAGUGGGAUCCUGUUGCAGGCAAACUCUUCGAACUAGUGGCCUGA